CAGCCUUCCCUUUAAAUAACCUUCCGACAAUAACUCUCCUCAACCACCAAUCUCUCCUCCUCCUCUUGCCACUUCUAGGAGGCAACAAAAAAUGGAAGAAGAAAGAUGGGAAGGCUACAUGGAUUGGAGAGGGAGGCCUGCCUUGAGAGGCAAACACGGAGGGAUGCUCGCUGCUUCCUUCGUGCUAAUUGUGGAGGUUAUGGAGAAUAUGGCAUUUCUGGCCAGCGCCAGCAACUUGGUGACCUACUUGUCAGGGUUCAUGCACUUCUCGCCCUCUCGCGCCGCCACCACUGUCACCGACUUUAUGGGCUCAGCCUUCCUCCUGGCCCUACUUGGUGGAUUCUUAGCCGACGCCUUCUUCACGACCUAUCGUAUCUACGUGAUAAGUGCUCUCCUCGAGUUCCUGGGGUUGGUCGUCCUCGCGGUGCAAGCCACGUUUCCCUCGCUCAAGCCGCCGCCCUGCGGAGCCGGGUCUCCCUGCAAACAAGCCGACGGCGGGAAGGCCGCCGCGCUCUUCGCCGGGCUCUACCUCACUGCGCUCGGCGUCGGCGGUAUCAAGGGCUCCCUUGCGGCCCACGGCGCGGAGCAGUUCGACGAGAACAGCUCCCGCGGCCGCAAGGCACGGUCCACCUUCUUCAACUACUUCGUGUUCAGCCUCUCCGGCGGCUGCCUCCUCGCCGUCACCAUCGUCGUGUGGGUGGAGGACAACAAAGGAUGGCAAUGGGGCUUCGGCAUCUCUACCAUCGCGAUACUACUCUCUCUUCCAGUCUUCCUAGCCGGCUCUGCGCUUUAUAGAAACAAGAUUCCCGCCGGAAGUCCCCUCACGACCAUCGCCAAGGUUUUCGCCGCGGCAAUAUCGAACAGAAAGAGUAGUCAGAUAGCGAGAAACGCCGUGGUCGAUUUGAAACAGAGUCCCGUGAAGGCGGUCGUCGAGGGUAAAAACCAACAACAGCAGCAAGAAGAAGAAGCAGUAGAAGAAGAAGAAGAAGAAAGUCGGAGCGAGGAGCUCAAGUGGCUGGACCGGGCGGUAGAAGGGCGGCCGCUCCACCGCUCGCUCUCCUGCUCCUGGCAGGAAGUGGAGGACGUCAAGGUGGUGAUGAAGCUUCUUCCUAUCUUCACAUCGACCAUCAUGCUCAGCUGCUGCCUCGCGCAGCUCUCGACCUUCUCGGUGCAGCAGGCAGAGACGAUGGACACGCGCGUAGGCAGGCUCACGGUCCCGCCGGCGUCGCUGCCGGUCUUCCCCGUCGUCUUCAUCAUGGCCAUCGCGCCGCUAUACGACCACGCGAUCGUGCCCCUCGCGCGCCGCGCGACGGGGAACGAGACAGGCAUCACGCACCUGCAGAGGAUCGGGUUCGGGCUGGUGCUCUCGGUAGUAGCGAUGGCGGUGGCGGCGGUGGUGGAGGCGAAGCGGAAGCGGGUGGCGAGGCAGGUGGGGGAGGGGUCUGAGGGCCCGCUGCCGAUCACAUUCUUCUGGGUGGCGUUCCAAUACCUGUUCCUCGGCUCGGCGGACUUGUUCACGCUGGCUGGGCAACUGGAGUUCUUCUUCAGCGAGGCGCCGGCGACGAUGCGGUCGCUGGCGACGUCACUGUCGUGGGCGUCGCUGGCGCUGGGAUACUACCUGAGCUCGGUGCUGGUGUCAGUGGUGAACCGGGCGACGCGCGGCGGAGGGCGCGGGGGGUGGCUGUCAGGGGACAGCCUCGACCAGUACCAUCUGGAGCGAUUCUACUGGAUGAUGUGCGCGCUCAGUGCUCUGAACUUUGUCAACUAUGUGUUCUGGGCAACAAGGUAUCGCUACAGAGCUUCACAUAAAGUAGAGCAGCAGCAGCAGUAACAGCAGUGUGUAUAAACUGCAUUAAUCGUGGAUCAUGAUGCAGAUCUCUCUUGUGAAAGGACAUUUAAGUGCGUGCAUCAUUUCUAAUCCAUUUUCAUGAUGUAGCAGCUAAAAUAGCUACAUCAAUCAUAUUAUUAAUCA